UCUCCGCCACACAACUCUUUCCUGACCUUCGGAGAUAGACGGAGCCUGUAGUCAGACAGUCGCUAAGUUAAACAUGGACGUCCACAGAAUGCCUAACCACAGUCAAAUGGAUUAUAACUUCGACAACAUGGAAGCCAAGCACGGGAAAACGUUGCCUUGUCCCGAGGAUCGUUUUGACAGCGGCCUGGAUUCCCUGAAAGAGGACGAGUUGGUGAACCAAAUUCAGGAGCUCAGUGUGAGCAUAAGCGACGAUCUCCCAAAGGAAUACGAGCCUUGGAGAGCUGUGAUGACAGACGACGGUGACACGCUGCUCCACUUGGCCAUUAUUCAUGAAGCAACUGAGCAUGCCCUCCAGAUGAUCAAACUCUCUCACAACCACCCUUUCCUCAACACCCAGAACCACCAAAGACAGACUGUCCUCCACCUGGCAGUGAUCACAGAGCAGCCCCAGUUGGUGGAGAAACUCCUGAAGGCCGGCGCUGACCCUCUGCUGGCUGACAAUAACGGGAAUACGGCUCUCCACAUCGCCUGCAAAAGAGGCUCCCUCGCCUGCUUUGGGGUCAUCACCCAAAACUGCCAACGCCACCUUACAUCCAUGCUAUCCUUCCCCAACUACAGUGGACACAACUGCCUCCACUUGGCUUGCAUUAACGGUUAUAUUUCUUUGGUGGAAAGCCUUGUUCAGCUGGGAGCAGACAUCAAUGCACAGGAGCCAUGCAGUGGACGGACAGCUCUUCACCUGGCAGUGGACCUCCAGAACCCCAUGCUGGUCUGCCGCCUUCUGGAGCUCGGCGCCGACGUUAACUGUUUGAACUACGGUGGCUUCACGCCGUACCACCUCACCUAUGGACGGCAGAAUGAGGAGAUCCGCUGCCAGUUGUACGAGAGGACGGCGCAGAACCUGAGAGAACUGCCUGACAGCGAAUCAGAAGAGAGCGACAUGGAGGACCUGGACAUGUCGGACGAUGAGCUGUAUGACGAUAUAAAGUUCGGAAAGUAAAGAAACACCCUUCUUCUGGUGUGAACUUCAAGCUGCUACUGGGUUUGCCAAGUCAUGGCUCCCAACAGGGGACAAAUCAAGUCAUAGCCUCCCCUCUGAUCCCCGUCCAAGGUCCAAGGUCCAGGUCCGCGAGAGCUGGCCCUGGGACUGCAAACAAGAAUGAAGAUGGCCAUCCAGUCUGGUCUGGUCUGGUCAAGAUCGCCAAAAAAACACAAUAGCAAGACCAUGACCUUGAAAUGGUCCUGCAACUGUUUAAAUGUAUAUUACUGUGUAUAGAUAUGUGUAAAAUAUUGUAAAUAGAGAUAUUAUUUUUGUACUAACUGUAAAUUUAAACACUAUUAUUUUGAAAAAAAAUGUUCCAAAUAAAAAGGAGUUUAUGAGUA